AUGGAAUGUUCCAGUAGAGCAGGAAAUGACUGCUUUGAUGGAUGGGAACAUUGCAUAUGGCAGGCUCAAACUUGUCUCAAGUUAGGCCAAAAUAUAUUAACUGCAGUCUCCUCCAACAACCUGGAAAAAUCCGACGAGAGUGACAUCAGCACGUAUGGAAAAAACUUCUUGACCAUUGAAUUCAAAUGGCCCAGCGAACAUAAGAUCGAAGGGAAAGAAUAUGAUUUUCAAAUAUCUCUUAUUUUCACUAAUUCUCGCCACAGGGACAACAUGGACCUUGGUAAAAGUGUUAUAGCAGUUGUUUUCGCCGAGAUCGGUGAUGCAAACACAGAAGUUCAGAAGUAUGUCAACCAUUUGCCAAACAUUAAAGCCUACAAAACACCGUUUGACGUGUACCUUUUCAAUGCAACCUUGACCCUGAGCAUGUUGUUCCCUUCGAACAAAUCCUUCUUCCAUUAUAAAGGAAGUGGUACAAUUCCUCCAUGCCUGGAGCCUGUUGACGUUAGAGUUUACAAGCACCCAAUCACCGUUUCCCAAGCUCAGAUUGAAAAAUUCAAAGAAUUGAAAUAUGCAAACGGAAAUCUGAUGCUGACAAGCCGCAGAGAACUUCAGGACCUGAGAGGCCGAGAUGUGAAAUACGUCGAAUUCUAA